UAGAUUUCUUGAAGUCAUACUUGUGUAUUGGAGUACGUUCUACUAAUCUCUUCAAUUAAUUAUGCAGCACUUGCAUCCCAGUCUGCACACUGGAGCUCAGUGUGAUUUUGGAGGUCUACAAUACAUCUGUGAACACGUUAUGAUACCUGAACUACACUUAAAUUAGAAUAAGAAAGCAGCAUGUGCUCUUAUAACUAUCAUGAUGUGUUUUGAGUGUAGUGUCCCCCCUGCUGUCUCUCCGCUGCUCCUCACAGGGACAACACACCUGAAGGAAGACGCUCCGCCUGGUCAAGUGUUGACCUCAUGCUUUGUAAUCACUUUAUCUGUGUUGCUCAGCCAGCGUCUAAAGGGGACAGAGAGCUAAUCUCUCUGGGAACAUUGGGUAACGUCGUUGCAUAACAUUUCAUCUUCACAAAAGCCAGGAGAUCAACCUUAGCUGCAGAACACAGGCAUGUCCUUCACACACAGCGGGCUCUGCUGAGCCUGCAGACCAAAUCACUCUGAUCACGCAUACUGUAGGUGCAUAUGUGUACGUUUGUGAGCCAUCGAAUUCUUCUGGCUUCAUUUUUGCCACCCUGAAAUGAUGUUAGUCAUUUGAAGGGAUUUGAGACAGACUCAGAUUGAAACAGGAUUAGAGUUCAUGACACCACUGUAAUCCUUCGUUUGUCAGUGAAGGGAAGAGGGUGAAGACUGGGAGAGGUGAGCUGUGAGGGGGUGUGGCCAGCCUGUACUGUCUGUCCACUUGACUGAUGGCUCACACACAUGUCCCCCCCUCCCCUCCUCUGUUUUAGGCCAUCAGUGUACUGUAGUCUGUUGGAGAGGACAGAGGAGACUAUGACAGCCCUGUUGUGCUAGAUAGAAAAGGAUCUUCUGCACUGAUUUUGGGAAGAGCAAAAACAAACAUUAUAUUGACAUGUGAAUGAAGAAAAGUCAUUUUUCUAUUGGACUACUGGGCCAAAAGAGCUUUUUCUUUAUUAUUGCUGCUUGCAGUGCACUCCAUGACUGUGUUUUGAUGCAGAGCAGCAAUUUGAAAACUUGAUGACCUUAUCUUCAAGCUGCUGCAGAAAUGCCUGGAGGCCAGUACCAGGUGACGAGCACCAAGCUCCACCACAGUACCUACAGCCUGACGGACAGCUCCGAUAUCAGCCCAGAGGAUGAGGAGGCAGACGCCCCGCUGCGCCUCACCCCCCUGCAGAAGCUCACAACCGACAUGUGCAAGGACGAGAAGACCAUCAAGGAGCUCAUCAUAGGUCGCAGGGUGGGCUUCUACAAAGUCCGUGGGGAGAUUGGCAGCGGGACCUUCUCCAGGGUCAAACUGGCUUUUCAUGCUCUGACUAAGGACAAAGUGGCCCUAAAGAUCCUCGAUAAGACCAGGUUGGACGCUCAGGCUCAGCGUCUGCUCGCCAGGGAGAUCAGCAGCAUGGAGUUCCUCCGGCACCCUAAUGUGAUCCAUCUGUAUGAGGUGGUGGAGACGCCGAGCCGCCUCUACCUGGUGCUGGAGUACGCAGGAGGAGGAGACCUGCACAACAGGAUCUGCAAUGAGGGAAAACUGUCCGACAACACCAGCAAGAUCACCUUCGCCCAGAUCCUCUCCGCCAUCAAAUAUAUGCACAACAUCAACGUCAUCCACCGUGAUCUGAAGGCCGAGAAUGUUCUCUUCACCAGCAACGGCUGCGUGAAGGUGGCGGACUUUGGGUUCAGCACGCGAGUUUCUAACCGCAAUGACAUCCUGGACACCUUUUGCGGCUCGCCGCCAUACGCCGCCCCGGAGCUCUUUAGGGACGAGUGCUACCUGGGGCCUCCGGUGGACGUGUGGGCUAUGGGGGUCCUGCUUUUCUUCAUGGUGACUGGAACCAUGCCGUUCCGCGCUGAGACCAUGGGGAAGCUGCGGCGUAUCAUCAUCGAUGCCGCUUACACCGUCCCUCCCUGGGUGCCUGGCCCCUGUCAGAGGCUCAUCAAGGGCAUCUUGAAGCCGGUCCCUGCUGAGCGUUACGCCGUCGACCAGAUGCUGGGCUGCGAUUGGCUCUUACCUGUGGAGUUUCCCUGGUCGUUGGUGCCUCCCGAACCAGCGGGCCCCCUGCAGAACCUGUUUGACUCUGAGUGCAGGGACCUGGAUGAGGAGGAGGAGGUCAGGAGCUCAUUGGAGGAGCUGGGCUUCACUGCAGAGCACCUACGCAACAAUCAGCUCAAGGACUGCCGCAGCCCCAUCACCGGGGUUUACCGAAUCCUGCUGCACCAAGUCCAGAAAAGGAGGGGCUGCGACACUCCCCCAGUGGUUCGAGGGAUGGUGAGGGACCCAAAAAGGGAGGGGCUCCGGGCCUACAGGGGCCUCAGGCACACCUCCAAACUGUGUGUGCUUUCAUAACAGACUGGUGUAGACGUUUCAGCACAGUUUUUAUACAGACUUCUUUGACACAAACAAAAUUAGUAACUGUGGUGUUUUUAUUUGUUGUUCUUUUUUUUAAUUGGAAAAUGAUCUGUAUCUUAUGUAGCUUUUGAUACAUUUGUUUUACUCCUUCUAAUGCAAUAUUUGGGUUAGCUUAAGGUAAAAGUGCCUAUGAAACAAAAGUUAUGAAUGCAUCCAUCAAACUAAAGAGUGUUUUUCCUUCUCAGAUUUUUGACUUGAAUAAUCUUUAGAGGCCUGAAGAUGUUAAAGUAUCCAGCUCCAGAGAGAAAAGUAAAAAAAACAAACAAACAAACAAAAAACAAAAGGAGGAAUAAGUCAUUAUGUGAAACGUUUUUUUCAGGACCCCUCACAUUAAGGUAAAAACAGCCCAAAAACAACUAGUUUACAAUAAUACAAACAAAACGGCUGCACUGGUUAAAGGUUACUUGCCUGCCCAUCAACUGAUUCUAUAGAACUUUCAUGCAAAAUAUAUUUGUGCACCGGCUUUUUGCUUUUCAAUCCCUCUGAGUGCAUGGAGGUGAUUAAGUGAGCAACAUUAUAAGUUUCUUGAAGGAA